CUUCCAUAGCGGACAAAAUGCCGUCAUUCGAUGCAUGAGUCUUAGGGUCUUUUACUCAUUCACUCAUUCGGUAACAACAACAACGACGACGACACCUUACCCAUUCAUUCGAAUCCGCGCACCAUGGGACAGAGCUUCAACCCGCAGGGCAUUCUGCAGGCAUUCCGUGUCCUCGCAUCCCCUCGUCUCAUGAUCCCGAACCUCGUUGUCCGAGACAUUCGAGACAUCAAUUUUGAACAGCUCCGCAAGUCAGGGAUCGUCGCUAUUGCCUUCGACAAGGAUAACUGCCUCACACGUCCCUACGGCGCCGACCUGCACCCUCCUUUCAAAGACGCCUGGAAGCGCUGCCGAUCAGUCUACGACUCCCACCUAGUGAUCAUCUCCAAUUCGGCAGGCACACCCGAUGACAAGGACCACAGACAAGCCCAGGCAAUCGAACAAGCCCUUCAAGUCCCAGUGCUGCGACACCAGCAAAAGAAACCCGCCGGCGGAGAGGAGCUGUUGACUCAUUUCAGUGGGAUCCAAGCCCCGAGGAUCGCGGUUGUGGGCGAUCGAGCACUGACGGAUGUGGUGUUUGGGAAUAAUUAUGGAAUGUUGACGAUCUUGACGAGGGACGUUGUCACGGAAGAAGGGGAUAAUCCGAUGGCUGUUAGGAUCCGAAGAAUGGAGCACAGGAUACUGGCGUUCCUGGACCGGUUGAAUAUCAAACGACCGGCACACCUGAUUCAUAUCGAUCUGCAUGCGGUGGUGAUGCAGACACCACCGGAACCGGAGACGAAGGAGGAAGAGAAGGCUCAGGCGGCCAUUGAUGCCAAGGAAGCUGCUGCUACAGAUGCAGAGGCAAGGAAAGAUAAGUAAGACCACAUCAAAAGGAUCCGGGUCGCCGUCGUCGUCGUCGUCGUCGUCAUCGUCGC